AUGCCGAAUUCGAAUGAUAAUACUUCGAGAAUUACUGAUAGACAUACUUCCAUCGUGGAAAUGUUAUCUACUCCGCCUCAACUACCAACUCUAACUCACACGAGAACAAACGAAUCCAUAAAUUCAUCUUCCAACAAUUCAAUUACUUCAUCAUUAUCGAUGAAUUCUUUAAAUGAUGAAUUAUCAAAAAUCAACACGAAUCCUUUAUCGAAUAAUAAUAAUAGCACUAUAGUCACACCGUACACCACUCUAAAUAAUAAUAUCAAUGACUCAACUUCAACCGCAACUAUUCCUAUCCCAUUCCCAUCAAAUGAGACCUUCCUAAAGAAUAAUAAUAAUAAUGCUAGUAGAAAUAGUAGCGAGAAUAUUGUAAACAACAAUGAAAUAAUCAAUUCAAAUACCCAGAUACAAUGGCAAUCGAUUAAAUUAUUCCAAUUAAUUGAAACAAAUAAAUUAAUAACCAUAGAUGGAUCAAUCUCUGUUGAAGAAGCAUUCAACACUUUAAUUAAACAUCAUUUAACUUCAUUACCUGUAUCUUUAUCUUUAUCAACCGUUGAUAAUUCAACUUCAAAAAAUGAUUAUUUGACUUUUGAUUAUAAUGAUUUAAAUUCAUACCUAUUAUUAGUAUUAAAUAAAAUUAAAGUGUCAAAUGAAAAGAUAACAAAAGAUUGUCAAAAUGGGAAAAUGGUCCCCGUAGGUGAAAUCAUUAAAUUAACACCAAAAAAUCAAUUUGUUAAAUUAUCCAAAUUAGAUGAUUUAUCCACUGUAAUUAGUAUAUUAGGCUCAGGAGUUCAUAGAAUCGCUAUAAUGGAAGGUCAUAAAAUAGUAGGAAUAUUGUCUCAACGUCGUCUAAUUAAAUAUCUUUGGGAUAAUGCAAGAUUAUUUAGUGAUUUACAACCAUUAUUUAAUUCCUCUUUGAAAGAUUUACAAAUCGGUUCAAUGGUAACAACUAAAAAUAAGUUUUCCAAAUCUCGUAUCAUAUCAAUUAAUGGCAACCAACCAUUAAUUGAUGCUCUUUUCAAAAUGCAUCAAGAAAGAAUUUCAUCCAUAGCAGUAAUUGAUACUCAAAAUAAUUUGAUUGGUAAUAUUUCAGUAACAGACGUGAAACAUGUAACAAGAACAUCACAAUAUCCAUUAUUAAAUAAAUCAUGUCGUCAUUUCAUUUCAAUCAUUUUAAAUUUACGUGGCCUGGAAAAUGGUAAAGAUUCUUUCCCAAUUUUCCAUGUUUAUCCAACAAGUUCUCUUGGUAGAACUUUAGCUAAAUUAGUCGCAACAAAAGCUCAUAGAUUAUGGAUUGUUCAACCACCGAUAGAAUCUUCAUCGUCUGCGUCAUCUUCAUCAUCUUCAUCUAUAUCAAAUUCACCAGCGUCAAAUUCAACUGCAACAGUGUCCGUUUCUCCAACUAAAAACUUCACUUCAUUGGCCACCCCAACAGGAACAACAAUGUCAUCUUCAUCUUCUUCUUCUAUUGUUUCAGGAACAUCAACAACUUCUUCUUCAACAAAUUUAUUAACAUCACCAAAUUUAUAUGAAAAGGAAUAUCGUGCAGGUAAAUUAAUCGGUGUGGUAUCCUUAACUGAUAUCUUAAACUUAUUAGCUAGAAAACAACCUCAACAUAAACAAUUAGAUCCACAAACUGCAAGAAAACAAAGAGGACAUUCUUCAUCUUCUUUAUCAUCUGCUUCAUCGUCUACAGCGUAA